AUGUCCUACCAUGCCGCAUUUCAUCACGUAGACAAUAAGACAGAAGAAAAGGGCAAACAACAUUGCAUGAGAUGUCACAAGUCCUUUGAUCCUGCCAAACCUAGUGAAAAUUCCUCCACAGCCUGUGUCAUGCUGAGCCCAUGUCCCUUUAUGGGUCAUCAUACUACCAAUGCCAAAGAAGUCGAUUACAACAAGUUUGAUAUCUGCGAUCCAAACAAGUGUGGAACCGUACUUCAUUCGUUUACCUUUCACCUAAGACUGAUACAAGCCGAAAAAGAGUGCCAUGUCAUACAACAAGGCUUGGAUCGCCAGGAUUCCAAAGACCGAAAGCGGCUGGAAGAUCAAUUGGAAUUCUUGCAAAAGAUCAAGAUGCGACAGGCAAAACUCCCAAAGGACAAACGGUGGAAUGCCAAACGUGUCAAAGCCAUAAACCAACAAUACGACCAGGUCGUCGAGUUGAUGAUUGAACGAGAAGCAGAAAAACUACAGUUGGAAACCUGGACGCGUCAAGUCUUGAAUCCGACCUAUCAAAAGAAAGAAAAAGAAUUGUUUGCCAAGGCACCGCAAGCGGAACCCAAAGCGAGGAAAACAUGGGCAAGAAUUGAACAGUUGGCAGCAACGACGAGGCAAGAUGAUGAUGACGAUAGUAGCCAAAGAAGAACUACUACUCCUGUUAGACCAAUGAUGAAAAACAAAUCCACAACAUCAGCAACAACUACUACGCAUCUGAAAACUAUACGAGAAUGA